AUGUUCUUCUCCACGGAACCACCGAGGGCCGCGGAAGUCAUCACGGCCGCCGCCGCCACCGCCGCCUCGUCUGCCUCGCCGCCGCCGCCGCCAGCUGAUCGCUCCUCCAUGCUGCGGGGGAAGCCCCGGUCCCGCCUCCCCCUCCCGAACCUCAAGGCCUGGGCCAACCAGCGCCUCCUCAAGUGCGUCCGCCUCGACGGAGCCGCUAGUGGUAGCGACCGGGUGACGCCGGCAUCGAAGUCGUCGCGACGGAGGAUGGCGGGAGGUCAGGACGGUGGAUUUGACCAGAUCAGGGAGAAGCUGAUGGAUCACCUCCGCCAGGCGGCCGACCGGAUCGAGCUCCCUGCGGUGGCGCUCGCCGGAGAAAGGCGGACGGAGCCAGCAGCGCAGGCGGAGGCGCCGAUCGAGGAAUCGUCCCACGCCGCCUCCUCCGGCGCCGUCCCUCCGGUCGCCGCGUCGGUCUACGCGGAGGACCUGCCGUGGAAUCUCCGGACGAGGAGGUCGACGCCAGCGUCCAACGCCAGGUCUCUGACGCAGUCUCAGGCGACGUCUCGCCUGAGUUCCGGCACAGCGGAGAGGAGGGAGGCGGCUCUACGCCGGCGCCGGCCGCGGUUCUCGUUGCCGCUGACGAAGGAGGAGAUCGACGAGGACCUGUACGCCUUCACCGGCCGCCUGGCCCCCCGCCGUCCCAAGAAACGGUCCCGCUCCGUACAGAAGCAGCUCGACGUACGUCCCUGAAAUCCUAAAACUGCUUCCCCUCCAACAAUCACCAUAAAAACCAAAGGAAUCCGCUCAGAUGCACGCACAGAGCGAGCAGGAGGAGAUCUUCCUCGCGUUUAUCUUCAUCUCCCCUCCAUUUUCAUACUAAUUCCCCCUCCUCCUCCCCUUCUCUCCUCCUUGCAGAUGUUGUUCCCCGGCCUGUGCCUGUCAGAGGUGACGGCGGAGAUGUACCAGGUCGCGGAUCCCCCUCCUCCGCCUCCUCCUUGA